UAUGACUGAGGCCUUUACCAGAGCAUUUCCUAUAAGUGGUUGCCCUGAUUUUUUUUUUCUCCACCCAUUAGUAUCACGGUUUCAAACUUCAGCAAACCCUAAUUCUCAGUGUAGAAACCUUUGCAUCUCCCCUUGGAAGCCUUAAUUAUCGUCCAUAGAAGGAAUUAAGGAACCUCUGCAAAUCCAGGUUCAUUUUGCCAUUAAUGGAGACAUCUGAAGCUCUGGAUUCGAGCUUAUUUGAGGAGUUGGAUGAGAAUGGUUUCCUCCUUUCUGAUUUUUUGUGUGAAGAAGUUGCUGAAGGAGCAGGUAUGGAGGGCAACGCUGGCCAUGAAAGCUUUGCUGAAGCUUUUUACAGGUCUGGAUCAGAUUGGUCUUGCUUGGUUCAAGAGGAUUUAUCUGAUUUGAAGCCAGAAAUCGCGAGUUCUUCGUCCAAGAAGGUUGUACAGGCUGAUCUAUUCAAACUAUGGGGUCUGAAGAAACCGGUUCAAUCCAAGAAUGAGACGAAGUUGGCCCCUUCAAGGAAGAGAACAGUGGAUUUAGAAUCCAUAGACGAUCAAAGUGGGAGAAAGCUUCUUCGAUCCAGUGAUGAAAUCAAUCCAAACUCUAAUCAGCAGCGAACCUGCCCAUUUUACAAGAAAAUUCAUGGGACCCCAUUCACUGUUGAUGCAUUUCGUUACGGUCUUAUUGAGGGAUGUGCUGCAUAUUUCCUUAGCCACUUCCAUUAUGAUCAUUAUGGUGGAUUAAGCAAGAAAUGGUCACAUGGACCUAUCUAUUGCACCCACCUAACUGCUCGCCUAGUAAAAUUGUCUUUAUCAGUAAAUCCUAGGUUCAUUUGUCCUAUGGAGUUGGACACUGAAUACAUUAUUGAAGGUGUAAAGGUGACAAUGCUCGAAGCCAAUCAUUGUCCUGGUGCAGCUCUGAUUCAUUUUCGUCUUAAAGAUGGUCGGUGCUAUCUACACACCGGUGAUUUCAGAGCAUGUAGAGAGAUGCAGAGUCAUCCACUUCUGAUGGCUCAAAUGGUCAAUGUUCUCUACCUGGAUACAACAUAUUGUAAUCCAAAGUACAGAUUCCCAUUGAAGGAGGACGUUGUGAAUUUUGUGGUGAGGAUUACUAAAAGUAGUGUUGCAAAGCAGCCAAAGACCCUCAUUGUUGUUGGGGCAUACAGCAUUGGCAAGGAGCAUGUAUAUCUUGCAAUUUCUGAGGCAUUAGGAGUUCAGAUUUAUGUGGAUUCUUCCAGAAAACGGAUUCUGCAGUCCUAUGGUUGGUCUGGACUCGAUAAAAGGCUUUGCUCUGAUGGAAAGAGUACACCAUUGCAUGUUCUGCCCAUUUCAUCCUUGCACCCUGAGAGGUUGAAGAAGUAUUUAGAGGCCUACAGACAUCAGUAUUUGUCGGUGUUAGCAUUUAGACCAACAGGCUGGACAUUCUCGGAGAAGAUUGGGAGUCAGUUGGAUUUAAUCAAACCCAAUAGCAAGGGAAACAUUACGAUCUACGGUGUUCCAUACAGUGAGCAUUCUAGCUUUACGGAACUCAGGGAUUUUGUUCAGUUCCUUCGGCCUGAAAAGAUCAUACCAACUGUCAAUGUUGGAAAAGCUGCUGCUCGUGACCAGAUGCACUCACAUUUUCGGGAAUGGCUGAAAGCUUAACAAUCGAGAGGUGUUAACAGUCGUGACUAUCUCUCUACCAAUGGUGGCUCUCAUUGCCUUCUUCAAUAAACUUCCUCUUUUCAUGUAUGGAACUUUAGACCUUGAAUUUUGAUAAUUUAUUAGACGAGCUGAUUGGGCCCUGCAAAACUGUGAGCAAAUGAUUUUGACCUUUAUCUUGUUGGGGAAAAAGGUCAUACGACAUUCUGCCGGCAAUUUUUCAAAGAUUCAAGAUACGCGUAGCACACCACAACAUGCAAGGGGAAGAGAAAAGAAGAUUUUGUAAGUCGUAAGAUGUCAUCUUUAUAGAGCCUUUGAGAUGAAAGGAAUGCAUGAUGAUCUUGAACUCAAUGGGUUUGUUCUCAUUCUUUACAAAUAGUGAGUCAGUUCCAGGUUUGGUGAGUCACAUGGAAAGCAGCGAGCCGGAAUCAUGAAGAGUCCAGAUUCCAUGCCUACAUACCCCAAAGCGGUAUGCAAACAUCUCUUCAAAAUAAGAAUCUGUUUUGUAUUGUAUACUUUUCUCAUUAGUAAUCUGUGAUUUGUACUAAAGUGGAGAUAGCUAGCAGAAUUGGUGCUCUGUCUCUUCAUAACUAGUUGUAGUCUCAAAAUGUAAAUUAUAAAGUCUCUGUGGUUCAGAGUUUAUUGUAUCAGGGGUGUGCCUAUCCAUGGAUGAUUUUUCCAUU